AUGGCUAUGGAUAAACAAAGGAGGACUAGAUACUUCCAGGUUCCAGCCCAGAUGACUGGGGAAUUGGGAGUCAUGAUCAUGGUCUUUGCAGGAGGGGAGGACUAUGUGUGUAUCUUUAGACGUGUUGAAUGUGUGGUGGUGGUCAAUCUGGUGGUUAGAGAUGUGGGCUGUUGUCACAUAGAAUGGGCAUCAAGUACAGUGGGUAACUACAGUAUUGUCAGGGAGUUUGAGCUCCUGGGAUUUUCUCAUCUCCAUGAGUUCCAGGUUCUAUUUGCUGUGAUCCUGUUGAUAUAUUUGCUGACACUGCUGGGCAAUCUGGCCAUCAUCAGCCUCACUUUCCUUGACUUCCGCCUUCACUCACCUAUGUACUUCUUCCUCUGCAACUUCUCCCUCAUGGAGAUGCUGGCCACCUCCACUGUGGUACCUAGGAUGCUGGCAGACCUGCUGUUCACUCACAGGACCAUGUCCCUGGCCGAAUACCUAACUCAGUCUUUCUUUUACUUCUCCCUGGGCUCCACCAACUUCCUGAUCCUCACUUUCAAGACCUUUGAUUGCUACGUGGCCAUCUGCCGCCCCCUGCACUACCCAACCAUCAUGAACGGUCCAGUGUAUGUGAAGCUGGUGGUGGCCUGUUGGAUGUUCAGGUUCCUCUCCAUUGUCUCUCCCACACUGCAGAAAACACGGCUCUGGUUCUGUGGCCCUAAUGUCAUUGACCACUACUUCUGUGACUCUGCCCCACUACUCAAGCUUGCCUGCUCUGACACCCGCCACAUUGAGUGCAUGGACCUCUUCCUGUCCCUGAUCUUUGUGAUGAUCACCAUGCUGCUCAUCAUUCUCUCCUACAUCCUCAUUGUGGCUGCAGUGCUGCACAUUCCCUCCUUCUCUGGGCGCCAGAAGGCCUUCUCCACCUGCGCCUCUCACCUCACAGUGGUGGUUCUGGGCUAUGGCAGUGCCAUCUUCAUCUACGUGAGGCCAGGCAAGGGCCACUCCACACACCUCAACAAGGUGAUGGCCCUGGUGACUGCACUGGUAACCCCUUUCCUUAACCCCUUCAUCUUCACCUUCCAGAAUGAGAAGGUCAAGGAGGUCAUGGAGGAUGUGACCAAAAGGAUCUUCCUUAGAGACCCAGCAGCCUGGAGAUGAGAGGGUGAGCUUUUAACAGGGCUGGAGAGCACCUGGCAAGUCAUGAGGAGUAGACUUGCCACAGGUGGGCACCCACAUGCCCUCCUCAAUCUCUUUUUUCUCAGUCUCUCCUGCUCCCUCAUCUUCAGGCAAGUUUCUUCUCCUACCCUGCAGAGAACUAAUGGACACACACUGUUAGAAUGUCUCAAAGGCAAGUUUCUGUGCACCUGCGAUGAAGGACAGAUAGGGAAUGUGGAGUAAGUACAAUGGGAUGAUAUUAAUUAAAAGAGAUAGUCCAAAUAAGACUCUUAGUGCAGGGUCUGGUACUGUAAUAUGAGUUCAGUAAAUUUAGCUAUUAUUAAAAUGUCCUAUUAAAACCUCUCUUUCUCAGAUCUGUGGUUUUGCUUGCAUUCUUUUAAGUUGCUUUGUGUUUGACU